AUGCCCCCUUGGGGAAGACCACCAGGGGGACGACCGGCGAGCAAGAAUGAAAGAUACUGGCAGGCGCAGCAACGGUCGUGGAAUUACGAUGCACGUGUGGAGGAGCUUGACACUGAUUAUGACGAUGGCCGAGAAAGAUUCGUUUCGGAUGAGCUUCGUUUUACUGGUAUUGAUUUAGGCGGUGGUGAUUUCCGCCGACGGCGUUCAGUUGCUGCUUACGACGAUGACUUUACUCCUUCUGAUGACGAAGACGAAUACGAGGUUUCCACAGGUCUCACGGGACCAGCAGGCAUGCAAGUUGUCUACCGGAAUAAGGAGGAGAUGUUAGUGCAGAGAGCUCUUGAGAGGAUCGCGCGUGCUCGGGCUCUUGGUAAGCCCAACGUCAAGUUGAGUCGAGCUGAGAUUGAUGCUUUGGAACGUGCAGAGCGGAACCAGAUGCCUCCUCUUCCUUCACCUCUUCCCUCCACAGGACCAAAGGCCGCUCCCAGGGGCAAAAAGGAGGCUGCGGUCAGACGAAAGCCUGUUGAGGUUCGCAAGAAGUCUAGCAGGAAUGAAGACAAGUCAGCCAGUAAUUCGCCCAAGGGCAAGACUGUCGACGCACGAAACCGUGGGACGAGCUCUGCAUCUUCCUCUUCUGGUCGCGACAGACGUGAUGAUCCUGCUGCAGCCUACCGCGGGCGCUCUGUCGAUCCGGGUUUUGGUCGUCAGCCACCCUAUCCAUCGGGCUACUAUAUUACCGGGCCACGUCAGGCCGACGCCCUCAGGCAAAGCUCUCGUGCAAGUUCUAGUCAAUCCUUACGGCAACAACAGGCAGAGCAAUUGGCUAUGCAUCACCAGCCUUACUAUUCAAGUCGCUACGCUUCAAAUCCGGAAGCUAUAUACAGCCUCGGGUCUGGCUCGGAUUCGACAUCAGCUCGUGCGGCUCGACCUGACCCCUCUGAAGCCGACUGGGAACCCAGGUCACGCUCGGCAUCGAGCCUCGUCGACGUCCCAAUGGGUCAACUGCCUUACCAAACAAAUAUUGCCAGGGCACCGCGCUUUGAUCCUUCGGAUCCAAGGUUUGCCUCACCUCAACGACGUGUGGCGUCUGGGCCACCGCAUGUGCUUCCAAAUCAAGCUGCACAAUAUCGUCGCCCACAAGAUGAGCUAUUCCUUCCCGGGGAGGAGCUCCAAGAGCCCGAAGUCAUGCGGUAUCAAGUGCCAUCUGACUCUGAAGAGGAGGAGGAGGACGACGACGAUGAUCACGACGACGACAGCGACUACGACCAAGGGGCACAGGUGACGGUCAAUGAGACACCGAGGGGCGGUUACAGCAUGCAGACGAGGAGUGCAGCUGCAUCGACGUCGGCGCGCAAAGUCGUGUCCAGUGGUAAAAGUGCAGUGAGAACUAAAAAGGGGCGAUAG